UUCAAGACUGAUUGGUCUCUUAGCUGCCUACGUGAUUUUACUAACGACACAGCCGCUAUAAAUUCGAAAGGUGAAAAUGUUUCAUCCAUUCCAUUAUUGAUAGGUGCUAAGGGAGAAAGAAAGCGGAUUAUUCAGAAACAAAGAUGCUCCGAACACAGAUCUUGGCCAGUGUGUGUUGUCUGCUGAUAGCUGUGUCCAGUUUGGUAGAUAGCCGGUUUCUAGAUCAGGACGAGGAAGCGCGUUUUAAACGACAGACAGCAGAUAUGAGAUUAUCAGAAUUACAUGCCAUACGAGAAAUACUCAACAGAUUACCGACCGGAUGUUCACAAUACGCAUGCGGAUUAGUGGACAUUUUCAGAAGAUAUGACAAGAGAUCAUGGUCCGAUCAGCGAAUGGCCGAAAUAAAAGCUCUGCUAGGUUUGAAGAACCAGGGAAAUGUUAUAGCUCACGGUCUUUAUGACCCUUACAAGAUAUUUAUGAGGAAACGCACUUCUUCUGAUCAACGCAUUGCGGAGCUUCAAGCGCUUAUUGCGUUAGUUCAUGGGCGCGGUAACGUUGCACACGGACAGUUAGACCCAGCUCUGAUCGGAAGACGGAAGCGUGCAGCAGAAUGGCUGAGUAAGACAUUUUCAAACGGAAAGAAUUUUGCAGAUGAAGAAACAAGCCAUUGAAGUGUUGUGAUUUUGAUUUUAUUUAUGGAUCUCAUAAGCGGUCCUGUAAAGGUACCCGGAUACAGUGUAUUUAUAUGGAACGUGAGGAAUUGGAUGACAGCUUAAUAAAUAAAUCGUCCUAUGUCAGUUCGUCUUUUUGUCUCAGGAAUACCAGCUGUGCUGGUUGUCUUCGUCUGUUGUGUGUUUGUUCAUGUGUUUAAAUUAAAAUAAUAUUUAAUAUU